AUGAUUAAAAAGGGGAGAGUCAUCGUAGCUGCAAGUGUUUGUGGGGUUUUGGUGUUUGGAUGUUCACGAGUUUCCUCAGUUGAAGGUGUGGUGGAUGAAGGAUAUGGCGUUAUUGGACAGAGCAUACUUUUGCUUAGGAAUACUUCGCCUAACGUGUUGCAAGUUCUUCGUAUAUUGAAGGAGCAAGGUUUGGUGCUUGUAGUUCUUUUGGACCUUUUCAGCCUUUUUGUCAUUGACAGAGACUUCAAUCACCACACUUUGGCCUUGGAAGCUAUGGCUAGUAAAGAAGAACUCAUUAGUUUAUCCCUUAUUAUUGCCACAACGGUGGUCAAUAUCGUGGCAACUGCUAUGUUUGGUGUAGCUGGUGUCAGUGCAGCAACAAGAGUGAUGACUGUCAGGCCAGUGGCAUGGCGUUCCCUGGUGUUGUAUCCUGUAAGAAGAAUUGUUACUCAUCUUUCAAUGGGGAUGCUGAAAUUGCUUGGCCUAAAAGGAAGAAAGUCUGCUGAAAAGAUAUCCAAAGAUUAA